AAGGAAGGAAGAAAGGAAGAGUGCGUAAUAUGCAUCACUGCACACGUUAGAAGUUUGUUCUCCAACGUCACCAAAGAGAGUUCCAGAAAUUUCCCCAAUUCCGCGAAGCUUUACAGCUUUUAGGGUUUGGGUUCUCAUCCUUCUUCUCAUCUCUACACACUGCAUUCCUGACAGAGAAGAUUGAGAAACCAGAAACUAAGGGAAGGAAGGAAGUAGGGUAAGCAGAGAAACAAGCGAGGAUAACAAAACAAAAUGGAUCAAGGGGAGGGAGGGGAUAAUCAGUUCCAUCGAAAUGAGGCGAUUUCUGCUGUUGCUGAUGAGGGGUUUCUUGGGGAGGAAGACGAGGAUUAUGAGGAUCUUUACAAUGAUGUUAAUGUCGGUGAAGGGUUUUUCCAAACUUUGAAAAAGACUGAAGAUUUAGGGAAUGGUGGUUAUACAAGUGAUAAUGCUAGAGGUAAGUUAGGUGGGUCUGCCGUGGUUGCACCAGCACCGGAAUCAGGUGUAUCAAUACCAGGGGUUGUGGGUAAUGUCGGUGUUGCCGGGGAUUCCAGGGUUUCUUUUGAUAGUCAAGGGUUUAGAGGGAGUGAUGAUGUGAAGGGCCCUGGUGGAAUGGGACCUGGAGGUGGUGGUGGGCUUAGGGUUGAAUUAGGGCAUGGGUCCAACAAGUUGGUGGUGGAGAAGAGUGGGGAUAGUAAUGUUAGUUUAGGUGGUGCCAGUGAAAUUGGGCAGCAAUCACAUGUGGUGGGGAAUGUAGGGGGUGCUGGGAAUGAGGCUUUAGUGAGACAAGGAGCAGGUGGGAAUGGUAAUGGGAGUGGGAACAGUGUCAGCACUGCUGCUGGUGGGAGCGUAGGUGUUGGUGUUGGUGUUGGUGGAAGUGGGGGUGCGGGUGGGGGUGGGGGUGGUGGUACGACAUUGUUUGUGGGGGAUUUGCAUUGGUGGACAACGGAUGCACAGCUUGAGGCAGAAUGCUGCAAAUAUGGCCAAGUCAAGGAGGUGAAGUUUUUUGAAGAGAAAGCAAGUGGUAAGUGCAAGGGGUAUUGUCAGGUUGAUUUUUAUGAUCCAGCUGCAGCCACUGCAUGUAAGGAGGGAAUGAAUGGACACAUGUUUAAUGGGCGUCCUUGUGUUGUUACACAUGCAUCACCCAAUACCAUUAGGCGAAUGGGAGAAGCCCAGGUAAGUAGGAAUCAGCAAAUGGGACAAGCUAAGAAGGGUCCUAAUGAUUCUGGUGGUAAGACUAUUGGUAGCAACAUUCCCACUGGUGGCAAUUUUCAAGGUGGAGAUAAUAAUAGAGGUUAUGGCAGAGGGAAUUGGGGGAGAGGCAAUGGUCAGGGCAUGGGGAAUAGAGGGCCAGUUGGUGCAAUGAGGAACAGGGCUGGUGGGAUGGGUGGUAGAGGUAUUAUGGGCAAUGGUGGCAAUGGAUUUGGGCAAGGGAUUGGUGCAGCCCCUCCUUUGAUGCACCCACAAUCAAUGAUAGGACAAGGCUUUGACCCCACCUUUGGUGGGCCUAUGGGAAGAAUGGGCAACUUUGGAGGCUUUCCAGGUGGGCCAGCGCCCCCAUUUUCUGGGAUGUUACAUUCCUAUCCACCUGUUGGUGGUCUUGGUAUGCCUGGAACAGCCCCUCAUGUUAAUCCAGCAUUUUUUGGUAGAGGGAUGCCUAUGGGUGGAAUGGGAAUGAUGCCUGGAAGUGGAGUUGAUGGGCCUAAUAUGGGAAUGUGGUCAGAUCCUAGCAUGGGAGGAUGGAGUGGUGAUGAGCAUGGUGGUGGGAGAGCUGCGGAAUCUAGUUAUGGAGAGGAAACGACAUCUGACCAUCAGCAUGGUGAUGUUAAUCAUGAAAGAGGAGGUUGGCAGAAUGCUACAAGGGAAAAGGAUAGGCCUUUGGAGAGGGACUGGUCUGGUUCUUCUGAAAGAAGGUACCGUGAUGAUAGAGAACCAGGGCACGAUAGAAGCAUGCCUAGAGAAAAAGAUACCCAUGACUUUGAUGGGUCAGAAAGAAGGCAUCGUGAUGAUAGAGAUAGUGGCCGAGAACGUGAGAGGGAGCGAGACAGGGACAGGGAACGUUCUCGAGAUCGUGACCGGGAUCAUGAUAGGGGACGUUCUCGAGAUCGUGAAUGGGAUCAUGAUAGAGAACGUGAUAGGGAGAAGGACAGGGAAAGAAAUUCUGAUCAUCGUAGGCUUAGGGAUCGAAAAUCAGAGCAUGAUGAUGAUUGGGAUGGGGGUCGGUCAUCAAGAACUCACAGCAAGUCACGGUUAUCACAGGAGGAUCAUCGUUCAAGAUCCAGAGAUGCUGAUUAUGAAAAGAGGCGGCGGCUUACCUCAGAGUAAAUCGAUUCUGACGCCUUUUUUGGGAGCCUAUUGCUAGGACACAAAACAAUAGACAAUCAGAACCACAGAACUCUGGUUUCAUCUUGCCUUUUGGAGUCUCUUUAGAGUAGUGUUGUAACAGCCAUUCUCAGAUCAUUGCCUGGAACUUCUUGAUUGCUUCUUUUGACUAGGAGAUUAUGGUCUCAUUCUUGCAUGAAAGAAGGUGCUUGAUCUUGAGGAUUGAACCUGUUGAAGACAACUCUGGUUUUCUGAAGGAGGAGAUGAUCUCAGCCUUGUGUAUUAGACCUCCUCGUUGCUGGCAUACAUGUAGGAGAGGAGAUUGUAAAACUAAUGGUUUUAAGUUUUUAGUUUUCCUUUUGGAUUUUAUGUUCUAGUAAUCAACACUUGAUGGCUUGAAAUCGUGGAAGCCAGGAAUGUGGUAGAUUAUCUUAAAACUUUAUGCUAGCCUGAAAUGUGGUAGAUUGUCUUGGGAACUUUUUGCCUGAAUGUAAUGUUGUUGUAGGAUUUAACACAUAGGAUGUUGCUGAUGAGUACCUGUUACUGGUUGUUGUAUUGUAUCAUUUUCAUCCCUCUCUUUAUAUUGUUCUUUUUUUUAAAGUAUUCCACGUUGUUAAUAAUCUCAUGUGAUGAAUAUUGUAAACGGGGAAUGUAGAAAACUAAUAACAGAUUGGAUGGAUGGCGUUUUUUAGGCUUGGAGAAUUGUACACAAUAUGAUGUCUCUUGAUAGACAUGGAAUUCACCAGAGAAGGGAAGAAAGAGGGAGUUCUGACUCUGAAUUCUAGGGUGAUAUAUUGUGCUGAAAACAAGUGAGCUGAAAUGGGUAGACUGAUCUUCAUGUAACCAUUACCAAGUUCACACCUUCAAUUUCAUAUUAUCUUUAAUUACUAUUGCCAAAAAGGAGCCAUCAAAUGAGUAUACAUCAAAAAUUACAUCACUAUUUCCACUGAAAAAGAAACCCAUUUUUUAUAAAAAAUUUUAUGAAGG